CAUGAAGACAAUAGUGUAUGCAGUACCACUGAAGGAAAUGUUUGACCCAGGAAGGAAAAUAGUUGGGAUGCUGACGGUCUGUGUUGUAGUAUCAAAGAUGUUCAUGUUAGUGUUCCUCGUGUUGUCUUCUCUUCUCGCCACAUCAUAUACAGCCGCCUCGCACACGUUGGAAAUAGAUGUUUGUACACCUAACAGUAGACAAAGCUCUUCAGUCAACCUCGUUCACCGUGUGAAGGGCACCCCAAACUAUGGCGCCUGCAGUUGUAGAAUUACCGCAGGAAGUGAUGUCACCAUCAAAACAGAGCCUGGGAACAGAUGCGUGGAAUGCUGGAAUGGGUCAAAAGAUGCAAGAACAUGCAUUAUUCAUUGUGAAAAAUCGAAGAACAAACCGUAUGGACCGAAAACAUUAUCUCUUCACAACGGUACUAUUAUCAGCAUCGCUAUGACCAAUAUUAACGGCACUAUAUUGAGCUUGAAAGCAACAAAGGGGAACCUCAAAGUUCAAUGUGGUCAGACAGACCCAGUCACAUGUACAGCCAACAAGAUCGAAGAACAGAAAGGGGGCAGGCCUGAGUGUGCUCCCCGACGUAGCUGUGAGCAAGUCAGUCAGCAAGCAUACGGCUGUUGGUAGAAAAACGUUAAUACCCCCAAAAGAUGCAUCCAUUAAUAUAGAUGUAUGCAGUUCAAACACUACCCGAGGUCUUAUAGUUAACCUUGUUCACAGCCGAGUUGAACCACAAAGAGAACCAUGUACAUGCAGUUUAAGGUCGACUGUCUGCCUCACACUGACACGUCUCUCAGACAGCACCCAAUGUGGGGAAUGUGGUAGUGGAAAUCAAGAUGACGGACGCAACUGCAUGAUGCGUUGUGAGAAGAUCCCUUCGGGCUGUACACAGAACGUGACCAUUACAGUUAAUGCUGAUAUGGAAAAAGGGCAAAUGUUUCUCAU